CAGCAAGCUGUUUGCACACAAAGGCCAGUUCCAGGACAAGGCAGCGAGUAACUGAGCUUCCUCUUAGAGCGAUAAGGCACAAACCAUGAAUUACGUUGGGCAGUUAGCAGGCCAAGUAUUUGUUACUGUGAAGGAGCUCUACAAGGGAUUAAAUCCUGCCACGCUAUCUGGAUGUAUUGAUAUAAUUGUUGUACGUCAGCCAGAUGGAAAUCUUCAAUGUUCCCCUUUCCAUGUGCGCUUUGGGAAAAUGGGGGUUCUGCGUUCUAGAGAGAAAGUGGUUGACAUAGAAAUUAAUGGAGAACCUGUAGAUUUGCACAUGAAACUAGGAGACAAUGGAGAGGCAUUUUUUGUACAGGAAAUGGACAAUGAUCAGGAGGUAAUUCCUUACCACCUUGCUACCUCCCCCAUUCUAUCAGAGGGAGCUGCUCUGAUGGAAUCACAGCUGAAGAGGAACUUGAUGGACAGGGUGAGGAAUCUGGACUCCACUGGAUCCUCACAGGUAUCAAUCCCCGGGCUUGCUUCCCAGUCUGCUACAGAAAGCUCCUCGAUUUGUGUCUCUGUGAAGAAAAGAAGGAAGAGGAGGAGGAAAUCUACCCAUAAACUUGACAGUUUAAAAAGAGAAGUCAAUGGAGACACAUCAGAAGAUGAAGAAAUGUUUUCUAUACAGAUUAGUUCAGAGGAAGAGAAUGAGCCCGUGGACAAUAUGAGGAUAUCUGUUACGGAUGAGUUUAGUGAAGAAGUGUCUGAAAUAAAUGCUUCUGCAAUCAGUAUGCUUUCGCAGUCUGCACCAUAUACCCAUUCAGAUGGAGAGUGGUCACCCCUUCAGAGUAAGCCUAUAGAUUGCACAGGGCCAUCCUCUCAUCUCACUGUUCCAGCAGAUGGAGGCCUAUCUAGUUCUUGUCCUCAUCAAUCCUCUCACUUCCCUGCUACAGACAGUCCCUCAGGUUCACGCCCUCCCACUCCUAAGAGUGAUUCAGAAUUAGUCAGUAAAUCUUUGGACAGGGGGAUGCAGAAGAAUAACCCACAAAUGCACUGGGCCUGGGGAGAACUACCUCAAGCUGCAAAGUCUACUUCUCUACUCAAGGCAAAGGAAUCCAGCAUGGUGAAUAUAAAUCCUUCAGAAAGCACUCAUUUUCGGGUAAUUCAAAGUGAGUCUGCAGAGGAGAUAAGCAGCUUGACUGCUUUACCUGCCAUUGGACAGGCAGCUGUUGCGGCUUCUGAUGUAAAUGACCCCGAGCCAGUGCCAGCUGAGAUAAAUGAACCAGAGAUAGAGGCCCUAGGAGCAGCUGCACCAUCACUGCCUGCAAAUGAAGAAAUCAAACAAGCUACCGCUUGCUUAGUCCAGCAAGCAAGCAAAAUAGAUUCCCCUUCUAGAAAGAAAGAUAAACGAAGCCGGCAUCUUGGUGCUGAUGGUGUCUAUUUAGAUGACCUCACUGACAUGGAUCCAGAAGUUGCUGCGCUUUAUUUCCCCAAAAAUGGUGAUAAUAUUGCACAUGGAAAGAAUGCAAAUGAAAAUGGACCACGGUCGGCCAAUCAGUCCCCUCACUCUGGUGGAAGUUCAGGUGUUGACAGUGGUGUUGAAGGCGUCUCAGAUGGAAUAAGAGACUUGCCUUCAAUUGCCAUUUCACUCUGUGGAGGUCUUAGUGACAACAAAGAGAUAACAAAAGAUCAGUUCUUAGAACAAGCAGUAACAUAUCAGCAGUUUGUGGACAAUCCUGCUAUCAUUGACGACCCCAACCUUGUGGUUAAGAUUGGAAAUAAGUACUACAACUGGACAACAGCUGCUCCACUUCUACUGGCAAUGCAAGCAUUCCAGAAACCUUUGCCAAAGGCCACUGUGGAAUCAAUUAUGAGGGAUAAGAUGCCCAAGAAAGGCGGAAGAUGGUGGUUUUCAUGGCGAGGGAGGAAUAGCACUAUCAAAGAGGAAACCAAGCCAACACAAGAUUUGAGUGGGAAUGUGCUUACUACAGAAGAGGAGUCAUCACAAAUGAGCAUUGCAGACAGACUAAAGGAUGAAUCUUCUUCAAGUGAUGAAGACCCGAGAGCUGCAAAACCAAACAUUGGGUCAUUACAAACAAAUUCAAGUCAUCUCUCAUUGUUGUCAGGAAUCAGUUACAAAAAGACCCUUCGACUCACUUCUGACCAGCUUAAAAGUCUAAAGCUCAAGAAUGGCCCUAAUGAUGUGAUCUUUAGUGUUACGACACAAUAUCAAGGCACGUGCCGCUGUGAAGGCACCAUCUACUUAUGGAAUUGGGAUGACAAGGUUAUUAUUUCUGACAUUGAUGGAACUAUCACAAGGUCGGAUACUUUAGGCCAUAUUUUGCCCACUCUUGGCAAGGAUUGGACGCACCAAGGGAUUGCAAAGUUGUACCAUAAAGUGAGCCAAAACGGGUACAAAUUUCUGUAUUGCUCGGCACGUGCUAUAGGAAUGGCAGACAUGACCAGAGGAUAUUUGCACUGGGUCAACGAACGAGGAACAGUGCUACCUCAAGGACCUGUGUUGUUAAGUCCAAGCAGCUUGUUCUCAGCCUUUCACAGGGAAGUGAUAGAAAAGAAGCCAGAAAAAUUUAAAGUUCAGUGUCUGACAGACAUCAAACAUUUGUUUCAUCCGAACACAGAACCCUUUUAUGCUGCCUUUGGAAACAGACCUGCCGAUGUUUAUUCCUACAAGCAAGUGGGGGUCUCUUUAAACAGAAUAUUCACAGUUAAUCCCAAAGGAGAACUUAUACAAGAACAUGCAAAAACCAACAUCUCAUCUUACGUCAGACUCUGUGAGGUGGUUGAUCACCUGUUUCCUUUGCUGAAAAGAAGCCAUUCUUCAGACUUCCCUUGUUCUGAUACCUACAGUCAGUUCACGUACUGGAGGGAACCACUACCACCUUUCGAAAACCAGGAUAUUCAUCCGUCCUCAUCUUAAAUGCAUCUACAGCCUCUUGUUCAAAGGACUGGUUAUCUUAUAUUUAAAAGAUACAGCUUGGUUUUUGCCUUGGAUAGAUCAGCUGGAAUCUGUGCUAUUGUGAGCAUUGUAUUCAUUUGUUAAAAGCAAAUUUGGAACUGUGUUUCCAUGCUUAAAGUCACAUUUCCAGUGACUAGGAAUGGGAGUGGUGCUCCCAACUUCUCAGCCAACAUGCUCAAAAUGUGCAACAGUCUUAUUAAAAAAGAUCAAUUACAAGUGCAAUGAUACUGGUUUUCAGUUAAAAAUACUAUAAGGUUUAGUUAAAAAAAUCCACCAGUGGUUCUCAACCUUUUCCUCACCAUGUGUGCCAUGAACCAUCUUCCCAUCUAGCCAGAACCCCCUUCCAUUUAGCAGGAUGGGAAGGGCAGGGUUUCAACACCCUGACACCAGUUUGUAUGUCAAAUUGCGACCUCUGUCAAAUUAAAAAUCCCUCAUUUAAAAGAACGGACAGUAAUCCCCUCCCAAACAAGCAUAGGAUUGUAUAAUAGUUAUUGGGCCAAAACUUUAGCUGGUUUAAAUUGGCUUUUUUUUCUGGGAAAUAAAUAAUGCACACUGUAAAUUGAAAGUAAGGGAAAUAAAAAUAUUGUAUCUGAUUCUGUCAUCCCUACUCACCUUGAGCAGUACCUUACUCCAAAAGCAGUCCAUUUGGAUUAAGGUACAGUGUAAGUAUACAAGUGGAAGAAUUCAACUCAUUGGGUGAAAUCCUGGCCCUGUUGAAGUAAAUGGCAAAACUCCUGUUGUCAUCAGUAAGGUCAAGAUUUUACCCAUUGAUUGCACAGAGUUGCACUUUGCCGGAGCUGACAGCUUCAAGGGAUUUGUCAGAACUGAAAAGUAUUUUGUGAAGCAUUUUCUAUGGCUAAAAUGUGAACUUGCUGCUGGUUAAGGAUGCAUCUCAUGAUUUCACCUUGCAGCAUUUUUUCAGUUGUGUGUGCUUUGCAGUACAUCUGGCCAUCAUUGGCAUCAAUGAAAUCUUCCUUUUCACUUUCAGUUCUAUACCUGAAAACUUCUUUUCUCAUUUGCACAGACACUGGUUGUAGGUACUGCUCUGUUAUGCUACUUACUUUUCAAUGCCUUAAAUCUUAACUGUGUGCAUUGGAGUCAAUAUUGCAGAUCACUUGAGAACAUUUUUCAAAUAAUGUACUGCAGUACUUUGCUUUAAAUUGUAACUUCAACUGCCAUAUACCAAAUGAUCAAAAAAUUUGAGCUUGGAGAUAAAUAGUAAACUGAUUAUCUUUUUUAUUUUUAAAGAUAUUUGGCUGGGGGGUAUGUCCAAAGCAUAAUUGUUUUCUGAAAAUGGCAUCAUGGGAUUCUAUGUUUAAUGUAUUUCAGUUUCUCCCAUAUCAAAUUUGCUCAGUUUAAAAGGAAAGGAUAGACCCUGUUCCUGAUUUAACUCAAUGGAAGUUUUGUCACUGGCAGUGGGAAAUAGAUUGGUGCCCCAAAAUAUGGAUUUUCUAACUGCUGGCCCUGCAUUUUGGAUGUUAAAGUCAAGGGGCCAAUUCACAUUGCCCUGCAUCUUGAGUAAUCAUUUACACAAGUGCCCAAUGUCUUUCCUUCUUGUGCAGCAUCACUGGAUCUCUGACCCAGGAGAAGAAUAUUACAGGUGCAUGUCAGGUACAUAUAUGCUGUAGUUAAGUCAGAAUGAGUGCACAAGGAGGAAAAACACAUUUUGACUUUCAGUUCUUAGGUCAAGUGUUCAGGGCUGGCAGUUUUAAACAAAAACAAAUAUAUUUUUUAUUGUAAACUGAACAAAUUUGGUAUUGAGUUCCUGAGACACCAUCAAUGUGGGCCUCAGGGUGCCAAUUUAAGAGAGUCACGUCUCUAAGUACAACCACACUUUAAUUUAUAUUAUGUGACUCUUGGCUGUAUAGGCCAGGGAUUAGGAGUAGUGAUGUGAUUUUAUCUCUGUAUAAAGCCUCAAUGAGACCAAUGCUACAAUAUCUCAUACAGGUUUUGAUGACCACAUUUUAAAAAGAUGUUGAAAAAUAGGAGAAGGUUCAGAAAAGAGUUACAAAAAUGAUUCGGGGUCUGGA